AUGCUCUUCUGGAUGCAGCAACAAGAAAGUAUGAAAGGCAGAGAUACAGCAUGUUUGUUUACCAGUGUGAAGGAUCCUUUAGAAGGCAAACACUCACAGGUAGAAGAGAUUUGGGGGAAUCGUGGGAGAGACGUCUGUGAGGAGAUGAGCAGCGUCAGGACUGCAGUAGAGGCAAUGGCCAGACAAUGGAGUCGACGCCCCUUUACAGGCAGGGAGGGCGAGAUUAUCUUCCUCAUGGCAAGAGGCGGCGCCCCGCGGGGCGGCCGCCGGGAGCCGGGAGGCCGGGGCGCCGGGGCCCCCGAGCGGGUUGAAGAGGACAGUGAUGCAGAGACCUAUGGAGAAGAGAAUGAGGAGCAGGGAUAUUAUUCUAAAAGAAAAGUAGUCUCUAACUGGGAUCGAUAUCAAGAUAUUGAAAAAGAAGUCGAUCGUGAAGGUGGAGAAUCACAGAGGGGCACAGAUUUCAGUGUCCUCCUCAGCUCCGCAGGAGACUCGUUCUCACAGUUCCGGUUUGCUGAGGAGAAGGCGUGGGAUGGCGAGGCCUCCUGUCCCAAACAGAACUCGGCACUCUACGUGGACUGUGAGUCACUGGUCCAGGCCCUGCAGGAACUGCCCCUCUCAGUCCGACUCAACGUUGCUGCUGAAUUGGUCCAGACCACCCUCCCUUCAGAGCUUCCUCAGGUGAAGCCAAAGAGAAGGGACGAGGGCCAGGGGCCAGGGAUGCAGUUAAAAGGGCCCCUGGGGCCUGGAGGGAAGGGGGCCGUCUCCGAGCUGAGAGCCGCUGGCUGCCCCAGACCAGCGCUGGCCGAGGGGUCUCAGAAGCCUGCCCCCCCGCCGUCGCCAGUGGCGGGCCAUCUGGAAGAAGAGCUCGAUCUACUGCUUACCUUGAAUUCGCCUGUGAAAGAGGAAGAGAACAUCUCACCGGCUCAGAUACCUCGGGACCUGGAAUCUGAGAAAGAUGGGGAGCUGGCCCAGGAAGAAGCGGUUCCUGCAAAGCCGUCUGUGACGGCAGAAGAGAAAGUGGAAUCAGAGCACCCGAGUACAUCAAAAGACGUUACGGAGGAAGAGCUGGAAGACUGGCUGGACAGCAUGAUUUCCUAAAGGACCAAAAAGUGCCUGAAGCAAAUUUUGGUUGCCUUGUAAGUAAGCGCUGUCCCACAACAGCUGGCUGGCGGCACGCCCGCGCCCACCUCUGUGUCUCAGCAUCUGGCAUAAUACAUUGAAGAAGCUCAUGGCACUUGUUCUCUGGCUUGGUGAUUUAAUAGGUUCCUCCAGG